AUGGGGACGAAGACGAUGAAGCCUGCGCGGGGGGUUGUGUUGGCGGUGGGCACGACGAAGGCGCUAGGGAAUGGGGGACGCCAUGCGAUGGACGUGAGACUGGGGGAUUUGGUGAUCUAUACCAAGGGGAAGGGGAAGGGAGUGAAGGUUGAUAAUGAUGAGUAUUUGCUUCUUGAUCGGGAUGAGAUUCUGGCUGUAGCAGAUUGA